UGUAAUUUUCGUCAUUACGGACCGAAGUCCGGGAGAUUUCGUAUAAUUCUCUUAGGAAAAAAUGUCUACCAAGACAGUUUUGACGAUUUUGGGUCUCACUUUAGGCUUCUUUUUCAUCUUUAUGGGAACAAUAAAACUGACCCCGAUUUUCAAUGAAGAUAUCUAUAGACAAAUGAGAAAAAUGUUCAUCAGGGAAACAAAGGUGUUUCCAUUUUCUGGCAUGACUGGCUGGAAACCAGAUCCUCAUGUCUACAGGAAGUGUGUUGGCUGUUUAGAGGUUGUCUGUGGAGUAACCAUGGCAUUCAUACCAGGAGUGGUGAAGAAUAUAGCGAACAUUCUGCUGUUUAUAGAAAUGAUUGGAGCAGCUUAUACACACUGGGCACUUGAGGAACCCUUCGACAGACUCACACCAUCCCUUAUAUUUGGUAUGCUCCUCGCAUGUCGAUUCAUCAUGAAUAAACAAUACUUGGACCGGAUGGAGAAUGAGGAAAAAGAGAUGGCUGGACUGCGAUCAAAAAAAGCAGCGGCUGAGGACAGAUAUGAAGAACUAGUGAGAAAAAUAGGUGAAGAGGAGGAAAAUGAGGUGAAGAAGAAGAAGUAGUAAAUAUAAUCCCAACUGUGUGUUUUUUGGCGUUGAAACAUCGAGCGUAAUGUAUUGUUCGUUGCUAUCUUCCUGUUUUGGUGUCUAUCAUGAAAUAAUAGCUGUUCUAGUGUCUAUCAUGAAAUAAUAGUUAUCACUGAUCAAACAGGGUUCCAUCUUCCUGUUCUAGUGUCUAUCAUGAAAUAAUAGCUGUUCUAGUGUCUAUCAUGAAAUAAUAGUUAUCAUUGAUCAAACAGGGUUCCAUCUUCCUGUUCUGGUGUCUGUCAUGAAAUAAUCAUUGAUCAAACAGGGUUCCAUCUUCCUGUUCUGGUGUCUAUCAUGAAAUAAUAGCUGUUCUAGUGUCUAUCAUGAAAUAAUAGUUAUCAUUGAUCAAACAGGGUUCCAUCUUCCUGUUCUAGUGUCUAUCAUGAAAUAAUAGUUAUCAUUGAUCAAACAGGGUUCCAUCUUCCUGUUCUGGUGUCUAUCAUGAAAUAAUAGCUGUUCUAGUGUCUAUCAUGAAAUAAUAGUUAUCAUUGAUCAAACAGGGUUCCAUCUUCCUGUUCUAGUGUCUGUCAUGAAAUAAUCAUUGAUCAAACAGGGUUCACAACAAAAUGCUUGAAAGGGAUUUUAUCUCUUCCGUAUGAUCUGUACAAGUACAUAAGCCUUAUCUUUUUGGAAUUAAUGAAACUGGGCUCUCCCUAUGUGUAUCAUGUUUAUGGCAAACACAACAUUUAUGUUGGGCACAUUGGCCUCUGUAGCAAAACCUGCAGAUGAAGUGAAUAUUGAUUCAGGCCAUUUCAACACUCUUUAUCUGCAACUAGUAAUGUACAUUGAUCAGAGACCAAAAAAAUCAUUCUUGGAUAGUGAUCUACUGAAAGUAAGAUUGAGAUUAUGCCUGCUUGUGAUUCCCUGCAAAACUUCUGGGUGAUUUUCAGUGGUGGUGGAUCAUGUUUCGGCCUCAAAAGACAUGUUUUCGGUGAAGGAAAUACUUCCCUGAAAAGGUACCAAUGGAUUGAAGGGGGAGAUAUGGCUGCAGAAUCAAGGUGGGUUGGGUGGCUGUCUUGAUGCCUUAUUCAUCACUGAAUAGCUCGAAGAAAAUAAGCAUUCUACUAAGGAGAUUUAAUUUAAAACUGUUUCUUAUACCAAUGAUAAUGCAUUUCAUUGUUUGUAGAGCUUGUACAUUUCUAGUCGGAGUCUUUAUUUAUUGGUCUAUCGAUAUUUUCGCAUUCUACUACAGCGUGUCGUUGAUAUCUGAAUGAAAUACAUGUACAGGUCAUUUUAGGGCGACUAGGUGAGUAGACCUUCGAGAGUAUCUUCAGGUACUUGUCUCUGAUCAUCAAAUGCAGUUGUUCUAUACAUUAUGCUCUGGUAGAUUGAAGUAUUUGUACUUGUAGACAAAUUUUGCUGAUAUACCAAUGUCCAUAGCAUUUUACUGCCAUAUUCUUCACGUUGUACAUUUUGUGUAAGAUGUAAAUGAGUCUCCUUAUGGGGGGUGAUAUAUUGACCUGUCUUUUUGUGCUUUAUUUAAACUGUUUAUAUGAAAAUAAAGUUUUAAAAACA